AUGGGCCGUGGAGUGAGCUAUGGCGGCGGCCGGAGUUCUUUGGGAUACUUGUUUGGUUCCGAGUCGGAGGGAGCUGGCCGGAGCAACAACUCUUCCUCUAGCCCCGGUAGUCCAGUGGCUCGUCGAAAAGAAAACAGUAGCAGCCCAAUCAAGUGGGACGUCCAAGAAGCACCUCCGGCCCAACCUGGUUCAGAGACUACAAGAAGCCCAGUAGCUCGUCGGAAAGAAUCCAGUAGCAGCCCAAUCAAGUGGGACGUCGAAGAAGCACCUUCGGCCCAACCAGGUCACCUGAAAAACAACUACUAUAGGUCGGAAGGUCAAAAUUGUGGUAACUUCAUUACGGACCGACCGACGACCAAGGUUCAUGCUGCUCCAGGAGGAGGGUCCUCAUUAGGCUACCUAUUCGGCGAUCCUAACAAAAAAUGA